AUGGAGAAAGCCGCCGGUUCCCCCUCCGUGGGCGGCAGCUACCCGCAGAAAAACGCCGAGAUCCUCAGCAGCCAGUACGGCAUCAACCUCUUCCUGGCCGGGCUGCUGCUCACCUUCGCCUGGGCUGUGCAUGCCGUGGGCAUCAGCAAGAGCCACCUGCUUUCCUACCUCAUCACACUGAUGCUCAUCCAGCUGCUGUGGAUGCUGUGGUACCUCUGCAGGAGCUGCACGCAGAGGAGGCUGAUCCGGGACAAGGACACGCACGCCGGAGCCCGCUGGCUGAAGUGUGGGAUUACAUUAUUUGCAGUGAUUACUUUAAUUCUGGACUCUUUUAAAAUUGGAUAUUAUAUUGAUUUUUCAAACUGUUUAUCACCAACUGAAGGCAUUUUUCCUGUUACACAUGCCGUGCACACCAUCUUACAGGUGUACUUUCUUUGGUGUCAUGCAAAGGAUAUUAUCCAGUCUUUCAAAACACUUGAAAGGUUUGGGGUUAUCCAUUCUGUGUUCACAAAUUUACUCCUGUGGACAAAUGGAGUGCUAACAGAGUCAAAACAUCAACUGAAUGAACAUAAGGAAAGACUAAUCACACUUGGUUUUGGGAACAUAACAAUAGUUUUAGAUGAUCAUGCACCUCAAUGCAAUUGCACAACAACAACUCUCUGUUCAGUAUUUUCUCAAGGAAUAUAUUAUCUAUACCCCUUUAAUAUAGAGUACCACAUCCUAGCAUCCACGAUGCUCUAUGUCCUGUGGAAGAACAUUGGCCGCAAAGUUGAGCACCACCAGCAACACAAAACUCCAUUCAAAUUCCACGGCAUAACUGUUGGAAUGAUUUUUGGACUAAUCGUGUUAACCAGCACAAUAGCCAUAGUUGUUGUGUAUUUAAUUCAGAUUGGACGUUCGAAAAUCAAAAGUGAGUUAGCACUUACUAUGUUUUACUUGCAUGCCAUCUUUGUGUUGGCUCUCAUGUGUACAGCUGGAAUUGUUGCCCUUCUGAUCUACAGACUGGAAGAUAGAUCGUUGGAUAAUUCAAAAAAUCCUGCUCGAAAACUUGAUGCAGAACUGCUGGUGGGCACAGCUGCAGGGUCCUGGCUCCUCUCCUGGGGCUCGAUCCUCGCCAUUAUCUGUGCCCAGGCUCAUCCAAAAUACACAUGGUAUAACCUGCCCUACUCUGUCCUGGUUAUUAUUGAGAAAUACAUUCAGAACCUCUUUAUCAUUGAAUCCAUACAUCGUGAGCAGGAAAAGGUGAACGAUGAUAUUAAAACUCUUCGAAUAGUGACUAUAUCUCGGGGGAGCACUUUAUCACUUACCCCAUCAUACAAAGAGAUUUACAAUGGCAGAGCUACUCGUGACAGUGGAGAGGUACCCUGCCUGUUCAAGGCCAGUAUCUGUGGGAGAGAAAAUGGUGGUAAUGCCAAAGAAGAAACGAGUCAGGAAAGUAGUUCGGUCAUGCGUUCAGCCUCAGAUUUCUCAUUUUACAGUAGCAACUCAGUUACUAACAACAAGAGGAGAGUUCUGAAGAACAUCGCUGCAUUUUUAUUCCUAUGCAAUCUUUCGCUUUGGAUACCACCGGCGUUCGGGUGCCGCCCAGAAUAUGACAAUGGACUAGAAGAAAUAGUUUUUGGCUUUGAACCCUGGAUAAUUGUUGUGAACCUUGCAAUGCCUUUUUCUAUUUUCUAUCGCAUGCAUUCAGCUGCCUCACUCUUUGAGGUCAAUUGCUCAGAAAAUGUUGAUGGCAAUGGAUGGAAUAUCGUACCGUGCCACAAAUGUCCCCAUUACACGAUUGCUGCUCUGGCCUGGCGUCUUUCCCGGCUGCUUGCACCUCCUCUCUGCCUGACUCCACCACGCACAGCAGAGCUGGCAGGAGAUAACAUACGCCUGCACCUCCGCUGCUCCCAGCCACAGCCCAACGUCUCCGCUCCCAGCGCCGGUGCUGAUUUUCGUCCAGCAGAACCUUUUGGAACAAAUACCGAUUUAGGCUUCGUUUCCCAUCCCUAUGGAAGAAACCCCGCCCGCCCCGCUCCCGCCACGGCAACUUUCAGCCCCGCUGGCUUCCAGCGAGGGGCCGAGCGGGCUGUGGCCCUGCCGGUGCCCGACAGCCCCGCUUCCCCCGGCGAUGCCGGCGGGGGAGUAUUUCCCCGGUCCCCGGGGUGGGACCCCGCUUUUCCCUCCACCUGCGCAAAGCCGGUGACGGCUGCAAAAAGAUUGCGAGGGUGA